CUUCGGCGUGAUCGCGGCGCAAUUGUGAAUAAGGCCGGCUGCGCGGGUGCCCGUGGCUGCACCGUGCAGGUCUCUCGCGCGAACGGGGCUGCGUCCGCAGCGCAUAGGUCGCGUGCGCGUACUUUGGGCUGCCUCCGUGCAAGCCGGGACAGCUUGGGUUGAGCGGGCGAGGCGGGCUGAGCGGGCGACGAGGAGCCGACUCGCGGGGCAGGGAUGGCGCUGGCGGACGCCAUCGCCCAGGUCACUCCCCUCGAAGCGCCGCGCACGCUGGGUCGCGUGUCGCCCGCGUCGGGCCGCGCGAGCCCGGUGCCGACGCUCGAGGACUUUGCUGUCUUGUGCGAGGUUGGGAGAGGCGCAUUCGGUAGAGUCGUAUUGGCGCGAUGCAAAGCUACCGGUGAUCUGAGAGCGUUGAAAGCCGUCCCGAAGGUGCGCUUAGUAACAGCGGGCUCCGAUGCCAUCCGGCACAUGCACGACGAGGCGGCCAUACAACGUAGCAUAGAUCACCCCUUCGCUUUAGCCUUGCGAGGUGCGUUCCAGGACGACACUACGGUAUAUCUAGUUACGGAUCAUUGCCCUGGGGGUACUUUGCACGCUGUACUAGGACGGUUUGGCCGAUUAGAUGGAGACUUAGCGACCUUCUACGCGGCGCAGCUCGUAGACGUCUUGGCCCACCUCCACACGCAGGACGUCGCGUUCCGCGACGUCAAGCCUGAAAAUGCCCUUUUAGAUGAGAAGGGCUACCUUCGGCUGGCGGACUUUGGACUAGCUCGUAGAGUUGAUGGCGAUGAUGGUAGAUGUCGCACGCGGUGUGGCACGCCGCUCUAUGCGGCGCCGGAGGUCAUUUCUGGCCGAUCGCACGGCAGGCCGGUCGAUGCGUGGGCCCUUGGGUGUGUUAUAGUCGAAAUGCGCACGGGUCGGCCGCCCUUCGUCGGGUCUACGGUCUCGCAGGUCGAAGCGUUAGUUUUAGAAGCGGAUCUGGGUUGGUUGGGUCAGCUCGAUGAUCCGGUCAAGGGUCUUUGUAGAUUACUAUUAGCGAAGAAGCCGGAGAAUCGGGCCCGGUGCGCCGCCGCGAAGUUGCAUGCGGCCUUCUCUUCUAUUGAUUUCGCUCAGUUGCGAGAGAAGCAGACGGUAGCACCUUACUUACCGGAUACGGCUCGAGACGUAUUGGGACCCGGGACCCCAACGCCGAAGGGUUCAGACGCCUCCUUUUCUUCCUUCGCGUCCUUCACGACGCUGAAUGACGAAGGCAGCCCGAAGAAGCCCAUUCGCCGCAAUAGAUCUGCUGGUUCCUUGGACGCGCUCGCGGCGCUCAUGCCGUCGCCGCGGAGUCGCAAGUUUGCCUCGAUGGAUUGCUCGCGAGGCGCCGCGAUGAACUCGCCGAGACGCGUCUCAUUAACCCCGACGAUGAUCGACGAAGCCCCGAGACGGCCCUACAAGCCGCGGCCGCCGUCGGCGCCGCGCGAACGCAGUUCGCUGAGACCGAGCAAGUCCAUGUCUUCGUUCGCGCCUUUGGUGCUGGCGGAUACGACCGACUCCUUGCCGGCCGUGCGCCCGUCGCCGCGAAGGCCCAAAGCCGCUUGGGAUCAAUUCGAGGAGACCGGAGAUGAUGCCUGUAGGCCGGGGCCGUCGUUUCCCGACGUGCGCGUGCGGUGCCUGGAGCACGACGCGUGCGCGGGCGAGUGCUCCUACCACGUCGGCGCGGCCCUGUCGAAGAACGUGGGCGACUGUCCUUUACUGUUUGCUACUCCUGAAACUUCUUCCUUGGUCGCGGCGCGCUGCUUGACGCGGGCACUGCCCGACUCUCCGCGCGACGCCGGCACGCCGGUGCACUGGGGCGCGCGCGGCUUCGGCGUCGUGGUCUGUGCUUCUAGCAACUGCCCGGACGCGGUCCGCUGCGCGGCGCGCCGCCGCCGCGUCGCCGAAGCCAUCAAACGGGCGCCGCCCGACCAACCCUGCGCCUGCGUCGCCGGCGCCUGCGACGCCGCGGGCCUCGCCCGUGCGUUCGCGCGCCUCGACGGCGACGAGUCGCUCUGCCGCAUCUGCGGCUGAGCGCCCUAUCUGUGCUCUGCCGCAUCUGCGGCAGAGCACGCUCUGCCGCGUCCGCGGCUGAGCAAAUUAUCUGUGCGGGCCUCCGCGCCCAGUCCAUCGUUUACCCUCGAUCCAUCGACA